AUGGAGAGUACUGGAAGCAAUUCUGACAACGAUAGCUGUGAUUCCGACAUGUGGAAGAGACGAAGAAUAACUAGAUAUGAUGGCUUUGAUUAUUAUGACGCCAACAUCUUUUUAAUUCUGACCAUCAUACAGCCCAACGGGAUAGACAGCCUUAACAUUGAUCUUGAUAAUCGGAUCUAUAAGGUUCUGUCUUGGGUUGAACCUGGAAAUAAAUACACAACACCAGAAGUGGGUGGUUCACUAGACCCUGAGUGGUGGCAGCAGAUUAGGAUUCCAUUUAAAAAUCCUUGGGAUUGCAGAUCUCUGUACUUGGAAGUAAUUAGAACCCACUCCAAAUCUGACCCGGGAACCUCCACAGGGGAGGUCUUGGUGGGCAGAUUAAAGAUCCCCUUGCCAAGACUCUCAUCCCCGAUACAAGGGACUUUCAGACUAAUGAAGCUUGAAGGUCCAGGCUACAAACGUGAAGGGAGCAUUAGAUUGGCCAUGGAACUAAGGGAGAUUGACAGGCCGUUUAGCUACUUCAAUUAA